AUGGGAGCGGUCGUGGAAGUGACUUGCAAAGCUGGAGAAAAGGAGAUCACGGUGUAUGAUAAGACCAGAAAUAAUGGUAAGUUCAGCGCCCAAGUUCGUGGGUUCGAUUAUGAAAAAUAUGGGGCCGAGGCUUGCACGGCCAAGCUCCAUGCCCCACCCAAGGGUUCACCAUGCAACAUAGCCACGAGCCUACACAUAGCCAACAAGGGUGCCAAGCUCAAGGUUAGGUCAAAGGACAAGUACGAGGUUGUGCUCAAGGCCAAGCCAUUUGCUUAUGCUCCAAAGAAACCAUACAAGGAAUGUGAGAAGCCUAUGCCUAAGCCUCCCACUCCUAACUACUACACUUCUCCACCACCACCGUCUCAUCCUUACAAGCCACCACCGUAUUAUUACAAGUCACCACCACCACCAACUCCCACCUAUGUCUACAAGUCACCACCUCCUCCCCAUAUUACUACAAGUCUCCACCACCACCAUCCCCCACCUAUGUUUACAAGUCACCUCCUCCUCCACCAUACUACUACAAGUCUCCACCACCACCAGUUCACUCUCCACCACUCCCAUACUACUACAAGUCCCCUUCUCCACUGUCUCCAUCUCCUCCUCCACCAUACUACUACAAAUCUCUCCCACCACCAGUCCACUCUUCACCACUACCAUAUUAUUACAAAUCGACACCCUCAUCUCCAUAACCCCCACCCCAUACUACUACAAGUCCCCUCCUCCACCUUCUCCAUCUCCUCCACCUCCAGUUUACACUUACGCUUCUCCCCCACCUCCGACUCCCUACUAGAUCCCAAAAGAUCAACCACGCAAUGUUCAUGUUCUAGUUUCACCAAAAGAAUAAACGAAGGUGCCAAGAAGUGGAGAUUUGGACAUCAAGAAAAUUCCUUUUCAAGUCCAUGGAAUAAGGGUCUAAGCACAGCAUUUGGGAGAUACAAUUUUGAUAAUUCAGGCCUAAAUAAAGACAACUACUUCUCUGGCAGCCAUGCUCUUAAUUUAUUCUAGUUUGCAUAAGAAGAAAGUGAAGGUGAAUUUUAAUUAUUGGUUUUUGUUUUAAUUUAUUUGUGUAUACGGAUUUGGUAUUUAAUGGAUAAAUUGUUGUUUCUACGUG